GAUUCCCCCAAAAACCAAUCUUUGAUUUGGGUUUUCUUUCUCCAACUUCAUCUUUUUCCUUUCCCUGCUCAUCAUUCUUUUUUCUUUCUCUUAUUCUUUCUCUCUCUGUCUUCUCCCUUCUUCUUCCUCUCUCAAAACCCAGAUCUGGGUUUUUCUCGGAUUAUGUUGGGUUCUAGACUCUAGUUUGGUGAGAAGGAAAAAUGGCAGGCAAAUUGAGCUGGAAAUAGAGGAUAAAAUUUCACCCUGUAGUUGCGUAGCUCUCUUCUGAGAAUUUCGGGCACUUCAUGGAGGUCGAGUUCUUCGAACUCCAUCUCGAGAUCUUGGAGCUCAACCCUCAACCUCCUAUUCUCCAUCAAAUAUUUGUAGUAGGUUCACCUCCAAUUUACCUCAGUCUGCUUCAGCUCCGACCGAUCUGAGGCUGCUUGCUUGGAUGCUGGAGAAUCGUGCUUCUAGAGAAGCUCAUAAAGCUUUUCGAGCUCCUUAAUGCUUAUGGAAAUUGUGGGUUCAGACUGCAGGAGUUAUUUUUUUAUCUUUAUUAAGUUUCUUCUUCUUCUGGCCUUUCAUUGCCUCUAUUCUUUUCAGUUUCGGGCAAUUUGUGCUUAUUCAUGGAAAUUAAAUGUUCAUGGUGAUC